UAACGUCUUCAGUCAGCUGAGCGAUUCACAUGACAAGAGGCUUUUCCAGUUUGGGCCGAGAACUUUUACCACUUCAAUGCAAAUCAAAAGGAACAGUUUAACGUGGCGAAGGGCGGCAUGUCAACAGUGAUAUUAGUGUAGGAUUUGAACAUGAAACGAGGUGCAAAAAGCUAAAUGUGACUGUAAAAAAACACGCUGUAGACAGGAGCUAAUGUUAGCGAAGCUUGGACUCUGUUGACUCCCGAGUAUUUUUAGGUGCACUUCCUCUUAGAUAAAUCUCCUCAGACCUCAGACAAAAUGAAUCCGGAGGGAAAGAAGCUGCUCAACAUCGUGAUCCUGGGCUUCGCCUUCAUGUUCAUGUUCACCGCGUUUCAGACCUGCGGAAACAUCGAGCAAACGGUCCUGAUCAGUUUUAACGGCACAGAUUUCCACGGCACCGGAUACACCAGCAUGGCGAUUAUUUACGGCGUCUUCUCGGCCUCAAACCUCAUCGCUCCGUCCAUCGUCACGGUGAUCGGGCCUCAGCUCUCCAUGUUCUUCAGCGGGCUCCUCUACAGCGCUUACAUCGCUAUGUUCAUUUACCCGUUCACCUGGAGCUUCUACACGGCGUCGGUUCUGGUCGGGAUCGGAGCAGCAGUUUUGUGGACGGCUCAGGGAAACGUCCUGGCCACAAACUCCAGCGAGAGAACCAUCGGCAGGAACAGCGGAAUCUUCUGGGCUCUGCUCCAGUUCAGUUUAUUCUUUGGGAAUUUGUACAUUUACUGCGCUUGGCGAGGACACGACCACAUCACGGAUAAAGAUCGUAAAACCGUCUUCAUCUCUCUCACCGUCAUCAGUCUGGUCGGAUGUUUCCUGUUUUUCCUGAUCCGAAAGCCGGACUCGGAGCCCUCGUCUUCCUCUGACGUCACCGAGUCUCUGCUGCAGCCCGAGUCCAGCGACGACAGCGCCUCCUACAGUUCAUCGUCUGGGUUGUGCUCACAGGCGCUGGACGCUUUUGUGAUGUCUUGUAAACUGUUUGUGACCAAAGAGAUGCUGCUGCUCAGCACCUGCAUCGCCUACACAGGUCUGGAGUUGACCUUUUACAGUGGAGUCUAUGGGACCAGUGUCGCCAUGAAACGGUUGGGGACGGACGCUAAAGGCCUCAUCGGACUCUCCGGGAUCUGCAUCGGAGCCGGAGAGAUACUCGGGGGCGGCGUGUUCGGGAUGCUGAAUAAGUGUACCCGUUUUGGGAGGAACCCGGUGGUGCUCUUGGGGCUGAUCACUCACUACGUGGCGUUUUACCUCAUCUUUCUGAACAUCGCAGACGACGCUCCGGUGGCUCCGGAGGGAGGGACCGACCUGCAGGCGUUCAUCACACCCAGCGUCGGCGUGGCGUUGCUGUGCAGUUUCCUCCUGGGUCUCGGGGACAGUUGUUUUAACACUCAGCUCCUCAGCAUCAUCGGCUUCAUGUUUAAAGACCACAGCGCUCCCGCCUUCGCUGUCUUCAAGUUUAUCCAGUCCAUCAUGGCCGCCGUCGCCUUCUUCUACAGUAACUACUUCCUGCUCCACUGGCAGCUCCUGAUCCUGGUGGUGUCCGGGUUCCUGGGCACCGUCACGUUUUUCGGGGCCGAGUGGGUGGCCGAGUCCAGCCGCAGAAACUCCGACUACGACAGCAUCUGAGCCCGGUCUGAACAGCGCCGUGCGUCUGAAAACUUUAUAAACUUUCACUGAUCUGACGGAGCAGGUGUCACGGACAGAAGAACCUGAGCACUGUUCUGUCGGACCUUUUCCAUUUAAACACAAACGGGAAUGUUUUUCACGUCUUAAACUUAAACGUCACAUAUUCUGAGCAUUUUUCUUUCAAUUUUUUUGUAAAAUUCGUCUCACCCGAGUAGAGAUCUAUUGUAAAAUCAGAUCUUAACGUCAAAAUGAGAUCACUCUGUCCCGUCUACGUCUAAUUACGAAGCGGCAACAAAGCAAGAAGUUAUCCUGAUGCGUUGUUAGCAUGCUAGUUGUUAUUAUGACGGCAAAAACUCACCUCAGGCGUUUGAAAUUUAUGAAAAACGGUUAAUAGUGAUAAGUUUUGGAUCACUGCGAGCUGUUUAAAAUGAUCUACUGUAUUUUUCAGACUAUAAGUCGCUCCGGAGUAUAAACCACACCAGCCAAAAAAUGCACAACGAAGAAGAAAAAAAACAUUAGUCGCACCGGACUAUAAGUUGCACUUUUUAGGAAAAUGUAUUUCUUAAAAUCAGAGACCAGGAACCGACAUUUCAUCUUGAAAGGCAAGUUACAGUAAUAAAAAUAUAACAGAGAACAUGAGGCUGAAUAGACGUUAAUAUGUUAAUGUAAAUAUUUAACAUUUAUUAUGUUAUUAUAUUAUUAUAUUAUUAUAGCACAAACAACAUAAGUUUACCAAACUCACGAUCUCACUACAAAUCACUAAAUCCAUUCAGUUCUUCAUCCUCAGUGUCACUUCUGUGCGACCUCUGGAGAUAAACCCUAGAUCCAUGAUGUAAACGUUGCGCCGCUUCCUCUUCUGUGUCGCUGUCGUCAGACUCGGCGUCAGUUCCAGUUAGAAUUAUUGGGGUCUUUCUGAAUCCCGACAGGAUGGUUUCGGUGUCACUGAAGUCCAGGCUUUGUCCGUCCAUCCAGUGACUUCAGGAAAGUUUCACAAGUGUCAAAAGUUUCUCUCUCACUCCAAACUUUCUUUCUUUCCGCUGCUCGAUUUCCGUUUUCAGCUGCAGAUUUCACAACUUGCAGUUUGUAAAUCUGCAGAAUCUUGAUUUUGUUUUCGGGGGCGUUUGUGUUCAGUCUUCUCAGUCUUUGUCUUUAUAAGUUUGUUUAAAUUUUAAGUAACGGUGCGAUCGACUGACUUGAUACAGACAGGACAGAGGCUCUUUCUGCAGGAGACAUGCGCAGUAGAGCCAUGUGACAGUGGUACAGGAGGAACAGGAGCAGCACAUACUCACACACGAGACCAGAAUCUCUCCACACUUCACUCAAACAUUUAAUAUAAAAGUCGCACCGGAGCAUAAGUCACAAAAAACACCCAAACCAUGAAAAAAAGUGCCACUUAUAGUCCAAAAAAUACGGUAUUUCUGUUUUUCACAUUCUUAAAACUACCUAGAGAACUGUACUUUCACUCUGGUGCGCUCCAAACACUCUUUUCCACCUCCUGACAUCAUCAGGUGGUCAUUAAACGCUCCCAUUUUUAAGUAACUGACGCACAGGACAUGUUUUUUGUCGAAUACAGCCUUCCUUAUUUGCCAAAUCGUUCACCGCUCGUUCAAAGUUCAUUUUAUGCAACGGAAAUAUUCAUGAAGUUCUUUUUUUUAUUAUUUUAAGAUGAAUUUCUGAAUCUUUAAAAAAUGUGAAUGUUAAAAUGCCAAAGGGAAAAUCAAACAGCGUAAAUAAAAUGCAGAAUAUGAGACAUUUAAACAAACUGAAGUUACAUUUUUCACUGCAUCAUGUUUAGUUUUUUUUAGCGUGUCGGUGAGAACGCGGCCACUAGAUGUCGCCAAAUCCUCACGCUGCAGUUUGCACAGCUCCAGAUUUGUCCACGGGCUUCGAAACGCCACGUUUUUAAACUCGAAUCUGCUGUUACUUUAGUUUUCACACUGAGCCGCCGCCUGUAAAACACGAGCCUUAAUGUAAAUAACGUGAGGGUGAAGAAAAAGUGUGUUGUUCGUUCAUUCGUUUUUCAAAAUAAAAUCAAAAAUAAGAAAACGAUGAAGAAAAAUAACUAUUUUCUUCAUUAUUUGUCUCCAAAAUCAAAAUGAAAAAACAGAUAAUGAUUUGGUUUUUUUUUUUUUUUUUUUUUCAGUUUUCGAUUUUGUGUUUAAAUGAAAAAUGGAAAAAACGGAUAACGGACUGAACCAGGACUGAACCAGGACUAAAACAGGACUAAACCAGAAGCACCCGUGUAGACUGUCGGGUGAUCAGGACUGAGACCGGUUUAGUCCUGGUUUUAGUCUUGUUUUAGUCCUGGUCUAGUCCUGGUCUAGACCUGGUCUAGUCCUGGUCUAGUCCUGGCUGGUCUAGUCCUGGUCUAGUCCUGGUCUAGUCCUGGUUUCAGUCCUUGUUCAGUCCAUUUUUUCUAUUUUUCAUUUAAAACAAAAUUGAAAACUUAAAAAAAAUGAAUCAUCUUUUUUUUCAAUUUGGUUUUGGAGACAAAUAAUGAAAAAAAAAAAAAUCUAGUUUUUUAAAUUUUCUUAUUUUUGAUUUUAUUUUGAAAAAACACAUGAACGAACAACACACAGAUUGUAUGUACAGUAUGGAAGAUAAUUUGUUUCAUCAAAUUUAGAAUUUCUCACUUUGAAUUUUUGAACUCUUCAAAAACAUGUUUGAAUUGUUUUUAUUCUGAACGGCAGCUGGUGAAAUAUUAAGCAUACUUUUUUCAAAAUGUUUUAAAUUCAGUAAUAUAUUUUUUUUUUUAAAUCACAGUUUAAAUAUUCAGCACAAAUAUUUUCAAGCAUCUCAAAUUCAACAGUAAAAAUCCAGAACAUAAAAUUUGCAGUGAAAAAAAAAAAAACAUUUACAAUUUCAGCAGCUCAAAUUCAGAAUAAAAAUAAUUAAAUAAAACAUCUUUUUUCAGAGUUAAAAAAUUCGAAGCAGGAUUUUAAAUUCAAAAUCUAAUAAUUGAAUCAAAUUAUUUUCCGUAGUAAGCGUAGGGCUACACGACGCACCGCAAAAUUAUUAUUAUUAUCGCAAAUUCACAGGGAACUACGACAAAUAUAGUUAUAGUUACACAGAAAAAAUGGCAGAUUAUUUCAACUUUAGCUUGAAAUAAUAAAAAAAAUUUGGCUCAAUAUUUAAAAAUAUUCCAGAUUUUGCUGCAGUGUACGACAGUCGCUAAGAGAAUGUUUGUGGAUGAAGUUCCUGUUCAGUGCUGUAAACUGUUCUCUGGGUGAUUUAUGAUUAUUAUUAAGUGAAUGUUUAGUGUCUCUUUAAUACGACGGAGUAUAAGGGUCAGAUAAAAAAUUUUUAAAAUGCUGGCGCUACGAGAAUAAAGUCGUAACAUUUCAACAUUAAAGUCGUAAUAUUAUGAGAAUAAAGUCGUAGUCAAAAUAAAGUCAUAAUAUUAGGAGAAUAUCGGCUGCUCAGAAAGUCUGACCGAGUGGAGAAUGGAGAAUUUGGAGCAUUUUGUAAAGGAGAAGAAUCCGUGUAUCAUUCGUUCAUUCGACUGAACAAGGACUGAAUCAGGAUUAAAUCAGGUCCGGAACCAAACCAGAAAGACCAGGACUGAGGCCGGGGCCAGACCAGGACUGAAAACUGUUUAGUCCUGGUUUAGUCCUGGUUUAAGUCACGGAAAUGGGAAAUGGCGUUUACGUGACUUUUAAAAUGCGAUGCGGGACUAAUGCGCCGCAUACGGACUGAACCAGGACUGAACCAGGACUGAUUCGGGACUGAACCGGGACUACACCAGGACUGAAUCAGGACUAAACCAGGACUAAACCGUUUUCAGUCCUGGUCCUGUUCCCGGUCUCAAUCCUGGUCUCAGUUCUUGUCUGAUCCCGGUCUCAGUCUUGGUCCCUGUCUCAGUCCUUGUCUGGUCCCGGUCUAAGUCCUGGUCUCAGUCCCGGUCUGGUUCCGGACCUCGUUUAGUCCUGGUUUAGUCCUGGUUCAGUCCGGAGGCGCAAAUAAUGAAGAAAAUUGUUGUUUGUUUCUUAUUUUUAGUUUUAUAUUGAAAAACAAGGUUCUUCUUCUGCUGCAUUUUUCACUUUGACUUUGAUUUUAUUACGACUUUAUUUUAACUUCGACUUUAUGCUUGUAAAAUUACGACUUUAUUCCUGUAAAAUUAUGACUUUUUCUGGCUUCGACUUUAUUCAUAUCAUAAUAUUACGACUUUAAUGUUGAAAUGUUACGACUUUAUUCUUGUAGCGCCAGCAUCUUUUUUUUUUAUUUUUUUAUCUGACCCUUAUACUCCGUCGUACUUUAAAGCUGCACCGUGUAACUUUUCUGGUGGUGGUGUAUCUGCGGCCUUUCUGUCUCCAUGGAGAUGUUACCGCUUUACUUUAUUGCGUUAAUUUAAAUCACGACAUACUGUAAAUAAGUAAUUUAUUCAUCCAGCAGCGUCGCCGCUCCGCAGAUCGGACCCGUAAACCCUGCUUGUCUCCCGGAGGUGGACGCGUUUAAUGCCGCACCGCGGGACAUUCCAACCUCUCCGUGGAGACAAGCAGAAAAGUUCCACAGUGCAUCUUUCUGAGCGGAUAUCGGGGGACAGUGAACUAAUGUAAAGGUGUGGGGCGUAAAGGGACGUAAAAUAUAAAUAUGAUAAAUAAAUAUGAUUUUAUACUUGAAUGAUGCAUGUUAUAUUGUUAAUAAAGUUAUUUUCAACAUAA